UCAAUAUGGCGUCUGCUUCUGCUCAGCUUGACUGGGUUCCCGAUUCCUUGUACAAUACAGCUGUGUCUGCCACCGUCGCUUCAUACUAUAGACACAGGAGAGAUGUCAAGACUUUACCCGAAAGUGUCCAAUUCGAUGUUUAUUACAAGUUGUAUAAUCAAGGAAGAUUGUGUCAACUUGGAAUGGAAUUUUCAGAAUUGGAUACUUUCCUGAAGGUUUUAAAUGUUAAUGACAAAAGACACCUUCUUCACCACUGUUUCCAAGCAUUAAUGGACCAUGGUGUAAGGGUUUCCAAUAUAUUAGCAGAUGCAUUUUCUGGUCAGUUCUCUACAGGAACUUGCAAUGAUGAGUCCUCAAAAGAAAAGGCCAUUCAGCUAGGACUAUCUCUAGGUGGAUUUUUAGGAGAUGCAGGAUGGUUUUCUGCUGCUGAGAGGGUCUACAGGGUCUGUUUAGAUCUAGCACAAACAGAAAACUCAAUAUCUAGUCAGUGUAGAGCAUUAGAAUGUUGUGUUAAAUUAUUGCAUGUACAGAAUGCUAACUGUAAAUACACAGAGGCCAAUAGUACUAGUCACCAAGCCUCCCAGAUCUUACAGAAGGUCACCAGUCAGGGGGUCAAGGUCAAUACUGCAGCUUAUUAUACAGAAUGUUGUGCUUUAUUAUUUGCUGAAAGUCAGUAUAAUGAGGCAAUGAAAUUCUGCCGGCUAGCUGUCCAUGAAUUGUCACCAGUUCUUCCAUGUAAAACCCUAGUCAGUGUAUUGAGACAAUGUUCAAAGGCUUGUGUUGUGAAACGGGAAUUCAUUAGAGCAGAAACAUUGAUAAAGCAUGCAGUGCUUUUUGCUAGAGAGAAGUUUGGUAUUCGCCAUCCCACAUAUGCUGAUGCCUUACUUGAUUAUGGUUUCUAUUUAUUAAAUGUAGAUUCUAUUACAUCUGCUGUCAAAGUUUACCAGAUUGCAUUAGACAUUAGAAUGUUGGUAUUUGGAGGGAAGAACCUGUUUGUAGCUGUAGCACAUGAAGAUUUAGCCUACUCAUCAUAUGUUGCAGAAUACAGUUCAGGAAAAUUUCGAGAUGCAAGGGAGCAUGCUGAGAUGGCUAUUGACAUCUUAGGAUUAAUUUUACCUGACGAUCACUUGCUGCUUUCAUCAUCAAAAAGGGUCAAAGCUUUAAUCUUAGAAGAAAUAGCAAUAGACAGCCAUGAUAAAGAAGAUGAAGACAGAUACUUACAGGAAGCACAGGACUUACAUUUACAGUCCCUCGCUCUUGCCAAGAAAGCAUUUGGUGAAAAUAAUGUUCAAACUGCUAAACAUUAUGGUAACUUAGGUAGACUGUAUCAGUCUAUGAGAAGGUAUACGGAAGCAGAAGAAAUGCAUUUAAAAGCAAUAGAGAUAAAAGAGAGAAUUUUAGGUUCUGAUGAUUAUGAAGUAGCAUUAUCCAUAGGACAUUUAGCCUCAUUAUAUAACUAUGAUAUGGAGAAGUAUGAUGAAGCUGAGAAACUUUAUCUAAGAUCCAUAGCUAUAGGUAAACAUCUAUUUGGAGAUGGUUACAGUGGAUUAGAAUAUGAUUACAGAGGACUGUUAAGACUGUAUAGAACAAUAAAAAAUUACGCCAUGGCUGAACAUUAUCAUAAUGUCUUACAACAAUGGAACCAGAUCAGAGAUAGAACAAACCAGGCAGAAGUUGAACCGCUAGAAUUUACUCCACAAUUGACAUUAGCAGAACUCGUACAAACAGUAUUUGGAGAAGUAUCUUGAAAAUUAACAAAUGUGUAAUUCAACUGGUCUGGAUAGUGUUUGUAAAAGAAGAGUUAUAAAAGAAAACCUGAAGCCUCAUUUUCAAGUUGGCGGAAGUUUGAUUAUGAAGGAAUUAUAAUUGUAUUGGUCAAAGUGAAGUAAUCAUGAAUAUUUAUGAGAACUGUUUUAUGAAAAUGUUGAUGUCUCAGCUUGCUGCUUUAUGUUUAAUUAUGAGUGAUCAUGUGUCUAUACAGUUUGACUGUAUUGUUGUACAAUUUGACACUUUGACUGUACUGUUGUGCAGGUCGACUGUACUAUUAUACAGUUUGAAUGUACUGUUGUACAGUUUAAUAGUUUGACGGUACUGUUGUGCAGAUCGACUGUACUGUUAUACAGUUUGAAUGUAUUGUUUGAUAGUUUGACUGUACUGUUGUGCAGGUUGACUGUACUGUUGUACAGUUUGACUGUACUGUUUUACAAAUGAUUUAGAACAGAAUUAUCAAUUGCUAUUGUGAAUAGCAAUGCUAUUAACUUUCAAGAAAUAAUGUUAUUGAAUUUGCCAAAACAGUAUAAGUUGGUAAAUAACUUGUUGUUUUUAUGUUUUGUGAUCCUUGAGCUUGUUGAUUGUGAUACCAUGGUUAUAGGAGAGUGCUUUCAAUGUUUGUUAGUGGCUGUGAAGAGACAGUCUUAUUUAUUUUGAUUUAUUUUGUGAUUUUUAUAAUACUGGUGAUAUAUAUAUAUAUAUAUAUAUAUAUAGAUAUGUACUGUUAUAAAGUGCUGAUAGUAUUGUUUGCUACAUUUUAAUGUGAUGAAGUACUGUAAAUUCAGAAAUUAUGGUGAGGUUUUUAUGUAUGCAAAUAUUGCCACUGAUCACAAUAAUAACAACCCAGAUUAUGUUAUCUGAUGCAUAUAUCUGUUGACAGAUUUUCCAGAAAUUGCAAUAAUUAUUUCACAUUUUUGUCUAUUCUUCAAAAAUAGCAAAAGUAUAUGCACACAAUAAUUUAUGAAUUUACAGUUUACUGAAAUACUCAAUAGUAAAAACAUAGAACUGUUAAAAAUCUUUGAAUUA